CCCCAUUGAAACGAUGACAGGCGCCAACUACAUGGGAGGGAAAAGGAAUGCUGCCCGAGCGCGGACCAAAGACAGUACAGGUCGGGUGCAAAAGCGACAUUUUGGUCAACAGAGGCUGGCAGCUGCAUUAUGCAACACAAGGGAAGAAAGGGGGAAGCCCGAAAAGAUAACCCUGAACUCUAUUUUACAUCAAAUCAAUCUUGCUCCUGCACAGCGGGACGCGAAAGUCAAAGGCGGCCUCCCCUCCACGGCGCAUACAAGCACAUUGUGCGACACAUCAUUCGCCCACUGCACCGCACUUGACACCUCAAAGCGUCGAAAAAAACCUUCGAAAAUACUUCGAGCCCUUGAUAUUUCUGAUCGUAUGUGAUAUAUCCCCUGAUACAUGUCAACCUGUCCUAUAUGCAC